AUGAGCCGAUGGCGCGAUGCCGAUGCGCUGAUAGAUAUUAUCCGAGAUCUUGGCGGUAGAUUGGCAGCAGCCCAACCAAAAGAACUGGCAGUAGGCAAUAUUGUACGUCGAGUAUUAAAAGUUAUUCGUGAAGUUGUUCGAGGCGAGUUGGAUGAUAUGAUGGAUGACGAUAACGACGAAUACGACGAAGAUGACAGCUACUCAGAUGACGGCGACAAUAACAACGAUUCUUCACCGCCACCAAGCAAAAACUUGUCAACCACCAGCAGCCAGAUUGGAUCCGUCAGUGAACGUCCACAGCUGACUGUACAGUCGUCCAUGUUUAGACUUUUGGCAGAUGUGUCACCAGCUACACCCGAUGAUUCAAGUGAUACACCCGAAAAGAAAGCAUACACCUUGAAGCCAAUUAUUAUUCAAGAAAUUAAUGAGGAAAUUAUCGCGGAUCUGGAGACUGUAUAUAAGGGCAUUGCAGAUCAGGCUAUUGAUUACAUACACGCAAAUGAAGUGAUCAUGACGAUUGGCAAAUCGCGAACUGUCGAAGAAUUUUUGCUCCGAGCUGCACAGAAACGUAAAUUCCAAGUCAUUGUUGCUGAAACUGCACCCACAUACCAAGGACACGAGAUGGCUGCUUCAUUGUCAAAAGCUGGCAUCGAUACAACCGUUGUUGUUGAUUCUGCCAUAUUUGCCGCUAUGCCACGCGUCAACAAGGUUGUCGUUGGCGCACAUGCUGUUUUGGCCAACGGUGGUUUGGUAGCAGUAACGGGAUCCCAUUUGCUGGCGGCUGCAGCCAGGCAUCAUGCUACUCCAGUUCUUGUCUGCACUGCGCUGUACAAGCUUUCGCCUGUGUUUGCAUAUGAUGCCGAAACAUUCAAUAUCACCGUCGCACCAAAUAGCAUUUUGGAUUUCCAGCAGGGGCCUAUCAUCGACAAGGUCACAGUGUCAAACCCUUAUUAUGAUUAUGUUGCACCCGAGCUGGUCAGCUUGUUUGUACACAACUUGGGAUCCGCACCACCUACUUACGUCUAUCGUCUCAUUAACGACAACUACGAUCCCGAAGACACCACUUUGUAA